GGUCUCGAAGGUGCUAUAAAUACGAAAGACAGUGAGCGGUGAGGCACCAUUCAGGCACGGUUUACGCUGGUCGGUGAUAGGUUGCUUUAAUUUUCGAUCCACGGAGCACUGUAAUCAAACAACGCACACACGGAGGUGGACAGUUUCUUUCACCAUGAACGUGUUUCAGCCAUUGCUGACGAUCGCGGUGCUGCUGCUGGUGUGUGGCAUUGCGCUGCCUGCCCACGCCGAUACGUUCAAGUACGAAGAUGGCAUUCCGGAUGGGCGCUGCCCGCAGUACGACAACCCGAUGAGCCCAGUCCAUCUAGCCAUCCCGACCGAUUGUACCAAGUUCCAGAAGUGCUUCAACGGGCGUGCCUUCACGAUCAGCUGCCCGCCCGGCCAAGAGUACGGUGUGCAGCUGCAGCGCUGUGACUAUCCCAUCUUUGCCCGCUGCCAGCAGGGUUACGUGAAGCCUCAGCCGGCCGGCUUUAGCUACGAUGCGGGACAGGUCGAUACACGGUGCCCGCGGUUCGAUGAUCCAAUGAAUCCGACUCACCUGGCGCACCCCACGGACUGUAGACGGUUCUUCAAGUGUUUCGAUGGCCGCGCAUUCGAGCUCGAGUGUCCAAUUGGGCAGGAGUGGGGCAUUCGGCUGAACCGUUGCGACUAUCCGUCCCUUGCACGGUGCUCUCUGGGUCGGCAAGCGGAAAAGCCAGCCACUGAGGGUGACAAGCAGAAGGUUGUGGAGAAAACUGAACAACAACCAGAGCAGACCAACGACGAUUCAUCCGUCGGCUUUGCUAAGCCAGUGAAAGCUGGCUUCAACUACGAUUCCGGCGUGAACGAUGUGCGCUGUCCCAAGUUUGACGAUCCCUACCGCCCGAUCCAUCUGUCCCAUCCGACCGACUGUCGCAAGUUCAUGAAGUGCUUCGAUGGGCGCGCCUACACGAUCGACUGUCCGGUGGGGCAAGAGUUUGGGAUGCGCAUUAACCGCUGCGACUAUCCCCAGUUUGCCCAGUGCUCGGUGCAGAAGAAGAGCCGCAAAAGCUUGGGCAAGGCGGCUGCCAGCGAUGAUUACUACUACGACGAUGACUACUAUCUGGACGACAUUCCGCUCGAUUCGGCCGAAUGGACGCCGGAGCAGCGCGAGAUGAUUGAGGGCAUUAAGGAUGGACGCUGCCCGCAGACGGACGAUCCGACCGAACCGAUCCACUUCAUCCAUCCGCGGGAUUGCGGCAAGUUCUACAAGUGCUACGAUGGGCGCGCCUAUCUGAUCCUGUGCCCGGCCGGGCAGCACUGGAGCGUGCGGUACGAUCGGUGCGACUACCCGAAGGUGGCCAAGUGUACGAUUCGCGGUACCAUCAUUGCACUGUGCCUCAUUGCUUGUGUGUCGGCCCAGUACGACUACAACAGCUACUACCAGGUGGGCAUCCCGCAAGACUACAACCAGCAGUACAACCAGCAGUACAACCAGCAGUACAACCCGCAGUACAACAAUGGCCAGUACAACAACAACCAAGCCCCGACCAAGGCCAUCCCGGAUGCGCGCUGCCCCCGUACGGACGAUCCGAUGCGCCCGGUCCAUCUGCCGUACGCCGGCCACUGCAACCAGUUCCUGAAGUGUACCGGCGGUCUGGGCUUCGUCAUGGACUGCCCGGCCGGUCUGGAGUUCAGCGCUCGCAUGAACCGUUGCGACUAUCCGGCCGUGGCUCAGUGCCCUUUCAUCGUUCUCGCUGUCAUCGUGGCUGGCGUCGCGGCCGCCCCCCAGUACCCGGAAAUGUCGUACAACGCGUACAACAUGCCGCAGGAGCCCCGCUUCGAGGCGUACAACAUGCAGCCACAGUACGACACCCAGUACCAGUACCAGCCCCAGUACCAGGCCCAGCCCCAGAGCGAGCAGCUGACCGCCGACGGUUACAAGAUCGUGCCCGGCAUCGUUGAUGCCCGCUGCCCCCGUGCCGACGACCCGAUGAAGCCGGUCCAUCUGCCAGUGAACGGAAACUGUGGCAAGUUCAUGAAGUGCUUCGGUGGCCGCGCCUACGAGAUGGACUGCCCGGCCGGGCUCGAGUUCGGCUCGAAGUCUGCAAGCUUCCAACCAUGCAGCCGGCAGUCAAACACACCCGAACAGUUCUGUUCCGGGUCGCGUGUUGUUCGGUUAGAAUCGCUCUCCACGACUUCUGGUACGAUGUCGGUACAUCUAAAGAUUAUCGCCUUGCUUUUGGUUGGCAUGCUCGAUUGCCUCGCCGGCCAAACGGUAGUUUGCGAUGGUGUUGCGGACCAAGCUUUUCCUCACGAAAGCGACUGCACCCUGUACUACAUCUGCUCGAAUGGCAACAAGUAUCUGCUGUCGUGCUUUAACGGAGAACAUUUUUCACCAGUAACGCUGCGCUGCGAGUCACCGGAAGUGGCACAAUGUGAUCCUAACUUUACCACGUUGCAACCCAAUCCGACCGGCCCACCCGGUCCAACAGUGCCAACCACACCGACCCUAACGUCACCAACCAGUUUGACGGUUGUGCCUACGCUAAGUACCACAACUGAUUGGACAGGACCAUCACUACCCACUGUUCCAGAAUUUACUGUUACUGAGUCCACGUCCGAGCAGGAAACGACAACCAGCACGAUAUCAAUCGAGCCUACCAUUACCGUUCCCACGGUUGGAACAGCCGCACCACCAACGGUACCAACUGCAGCGCCUACUACUGCCACUCCUCCCAUCACCACGACCGAAGAGGCUACUCCUGCUCCGGAAACACCUGAUCCGGAACCACCUACUCCUACUCCGGAACCGCCUACUCCCACUCCGGAAACACCUGAUCCGGAAACGCCUGAUCCGGAAACACCUACUCCUACUCCGGAAACACCUGAUCCGGAAACGCCUGAUCCAGAGACGCCUACUCCUACUCCGGAAACACCUGAUCCGGAAACGCCUGAUCCAGAGACGCCUACUCCUACUCCUGAAACUCCUGAUCCGGAAACGCCUACUCCUACUACGGAAUCACCUACUCCUACUCCAGAAACGCCUGAUCCGGAAACGCCUACUCCUACUCCGGAAACACCUGAUCCAGAACCACCUACUCCCACUCCGGAACCGCCUACUCCUACUCCGGAAACACCUGAUCCGGAAACACCUACUCCUACUCCGGAAACACCUGAUCCGGAAACGCCUACUCCUACUCCGGAAUCACCAACUCCUACUCCAGAAACGCCUGAUCCGGAAACGCCUACUCCUACUCCGGAACCACCUACUCCUACUCCAGAAACACCUACUCCGGAACCACCUACUCCUGAUCCAGAAACGCCUGAUCCGGAAACGCCUACUCCUGCUCCGGAAACACCUACUCCGGAGCCACCUACUCCAGAAACACCUACUCCGGAACCACCUACUCCUGAUCCAGAAACGCCUGAUCCGGAAACGCCUACUCCUGCUCCGGAAACACCUACUCCGGAGCCACCUACUCCAGAAACAUCUACUCCGGAACCACCUACUCCCGCUCCGGAACCACCUACUUCAGAAACGCCAACUGCUGCUCCGAUAACGCCUGAACCGGAAACGCCUUCUCCUGAAUCGGAAGAGCCUAAUGAACAGUACACGGUCGAGCUGCAGGUUCAUGAUGCUACAAAAAUGUGGAAGUGUGUCAUUGUGGCAUUCCUCGCAACGCUCGCGUUUGUGAGCGCACAGGAACCAGAUCCCCGGUGCCCGCUGGUGGAUAAUCCGCCCUUUCAUCUACCGCACGAAACCGAUUGUGGCCUGUUCUACACCUGCUCCUAUGGCAAAAAAUACCUGAAAUCGUGCCCCGUGAACCAACACUUCGGAUUCCAACUGCAACGCUGCGACCAUCCUUACUACGCGCAGUGUACCCUUGGAUCGGGAACAACGGCUAUCCCCACUAUCCCGACCACAGUAUCGACGGCGUCUCCAACUACUGCUCCAACGCAACCGACUACCACAACACCACCUACCACCGUAUCUACUACUACGUCUGCCACUACCACUACGACAACUGCAUUCACUACUACUACUACUACUGCAGCGGCCACUACUGUACCGACGGCCCCAACACCCGGACCUACGGGAGUACCAACUACCGCACCAACUACCGCACCAACUACCGCACCUACGACAGCACCCAUCGACACCACUACUACAACGGCAGCCACUACCACCGUAUCGCCCACGACCGUGGAAGUUCCCACCGCCCCAACAUAUACCUCCACCGCUACCAUACCGACUGCCCCGAGCCCAAUUCCGACGGCCCCAACACCUAGUACAACCGUGGUCGGUAGCACGACCGUUGCGGGCAGCACGACCGCCGAUGCGACAGUACCUACCGUACCGACGGCCGGUCCGUCAGUACCUACCGUCCCCACGGCGGCCCCAGCACCCGUUGGGAUGCAUCCCCGCGUUCGAGCUCUGCGCACUAGCCAUGGAAUGGCGUUCCAAUCCAUACCCAAACUAUGUGUUGUAGAACCAUGCUCGUCAACUUGUCAUCUGUCAGCGUGUGCACAUGUAACGGACUACCGGGCGCGGGCCACGGCUACAAAAGCCUGCCACCGACAACAGGGCGCUACUAGUACUGGCCAGCGGAUCGAGCCGGAGCCAAUCAGCUUCACCAUGGUCUGCCCACGAUGGGUUGUGCGUGUGACGACGUGUUUGGUCGUGGUUGCGGCCUGCCUACUUCCAGCCCCCAGUGCCGCUCUCAGUGAUCCCUGCUCGCAGAGUACUACGCUAGCGCAUCCGACCGACUGUCGCAAGUAUCUGGAGUGUGUGGACGACAAGCUCGUGCUGCUGACCUGUGGCGUUCAGUAUUACAAUGCAUCCAUCGGUGGGUGUACGAACGAGCUGCCGGCAAAUAGCUGCCGCCAGCGCAAGGAGGACUCGAUUGUUUCGCUCGACGAUACGUACCUCGGUCGUGCCAUCGUCGAUCCGUGCGCAUCGUCCAAGCCAGGCCUCAAGCUGCCACACCCGGAAAACUGUGGCCUGUUUUACCAAUGCACUCAGUCCGGCGCGGCCCUGUUCGCUUGUCCGGCCAAUCUACUGUUCCACGUGAAAAUGAGGGUUUGUGUUUGGCCGCAGCAGGUUGAGUGUGCCCCGGGCGCUGAUUUACCGACCGGAACAACCGCCGGGCCGAACACCACGCCAGGACUGGACAAUGAUGGCAACAUUGUUCUACCCGAUGAGAUCUGUGAGCCGGGCUGCUUCCUCGAUCUGCGGUGCCCGGUAGACUGUGAUCCGAUCCUGCCACCGAAAGCCUUCCCCCAUCCGAGCCGUUGCGAUGCGUACUUUACGUGCAACACGUUCGGCUACUCCUGCAUCACCGAGUGUCCCGUGGGCAUGUGGUUUAGUAACGUUUUCCAGCGCUGUGUAACGCCCAACCUGUCCGACUGCACGCCGGUCGUGCCGCCCAUCUGUAAGGUGCCCGACUGUCGCCCGAACCCGGACUGUCCGGUGCCGGAUACGGUUCCUCCGACGAAGCUGCCUCACCCGGAACGGGACGAUUGGUACUACAUCUGUCGCGAUGGAACGUCCUGCCAGAUGGCCUGCCCGCCUGGGCUAGUGUGGAGCCCCAUCUUCGAAGAGUGCACCUUUGAUCCGGACGAUACGGAAACUCCAACGCCCGAGCCAACGACCACUACGAUCGCUCCCGCUACGACCACUACUACGGCGGCUCCUGUUACUACGACAACUACCACGGUGGCUCCAGUUACUACCACCACUACUACAGCAGCCCCUAUCACUACCACCACUACAACGGCAGCCCCUAUCACUACCACCACUACAACGGCAGCUCCUGUCACCACGACGACCACCACAGUGGCUCCUGUAACUACCACCACUACAACGGCCGCGCCAAUUACCACCACGACCACGCAAAUCACCACCACCCCGGAGGUGGAUUGUCCGACCUGUCCGCCCUCGAACUGCUACCCGGACAGCCGCUGCCCGAAGUGCGAAAAGUGUGACCCAACCUUCUUCCCGCACGACGACUGCGACAAGUUCUACAAGUGCAACUUUGGCCUCAUCUGCGAGAUGCGGUGCCCGCCCGGGCUGCACUUUAACGCGCGCGAAAACGUGUGUGACUGGCCGUCCCAGGCUGGAUGCGAGUAUCCGCCCAUCAUCGAGGAUCCGCCGGAGAACGCCGCCUGCCAUCCAAACCCGCUCUGUCCGCCCGGCAACGGGGUGGAAACGUUCCUGCCCCAUCCGGACAACUGCACGCUGUUCUACAAGUGUAGCUGGGGCAACGCCUGCCUGAAGGAGUGCCCGGACGGGCUGCACUGGAGCAAGGUGAAGCAGCGCUGCGAAUGGCCCAAUCUGGCCGGCUGCGACCCGAACAUACUGCCAGACGAUCCGAACUGUCCGACCUGCCCGUGCAUACCGUGCCGGUCGAAGCGGAACGCUUGCCAACCGUCCGAGCGCUGCCCGCCGGCCGGCAAACGCAGCUUCUCGCUGAGCUUCAGCCACGAGCUGCACUGCAACCAGUUCUACGAGUGCCUGUCCGGCCAGGCCUGCAUCCUCGAGUGCCCGAAGGGUCUCGAGUACAGUGGCGGUGAGGCACGCUGUGAUGUACCGAGCAAAGCUCAAUGUAGCCGUUGGUGGAAAUGAGGGAAGGUGAAGUUUUAAAGGGAAGAAGCUGGAAAUCUGAACCCCAGUUUUGGCUACCACUUUACUUAGAAUAUUAUGCUAAUCUGAAUAUCGCAAAAUAAAGGAUUAAUAUCAAUAAAGCUAAA